UGGCAACCCUGGAGCCUGCACUAACCCGGCCUAGCUCAGAGCUCGCGGUCCAUCGGCUUUUGGGUUGGGCCAUACGCGGCGACCACGAAACUGGGACGGCCAAGCUACGAUGCCCAGUGAAACUCUCUGGGAAAUCGCAAAAGCUGAAGUGGAAAAACGGGGAAGUAAUGAAAGUGAAGGUGAUGGAGUUGAAAUUGGAGAAAAGUCUGUUUUCUUCAUUGGCAGUAAAAACGGGGGAAAGACUACUAUUAUUCUAAGGUGUCUUGACAGAGAUGAGCCACCAAAACCAACCUUAGCCUUGGAAUAUACGUAUGGAAGGAGAGCAAAAGGACAUAACAUACCAAAAGAUAUUGCUCAUUUUUGGGAACUAGGUGGAGGAACCUCUUUACUGGACUUAAUCAGCAUACCAAUCACAAGUGACACCUUACGGACAUUUUCUAUUGUUCUUGUUUUGGAUCUUUCGAAACCUAAUGACCUUUGGCCCACCAUGGAAAGUCUGUUGCAAGCCACAAAACUUCAUGUAGAUAAAGUGAUAAUGAAACUGCGGAAGAAAAAUGCUAAAGCAGCUUCUGAACUGAGACAGAAAAUAUGGAGCAAUAUGCAGAAGGACCAUCCAGAUCGUGAAUUAAUUGACCCAUUUCCAAUUCCUCUGGUCAUAAUUGGAAGUAAAUACGAUAUUUUUCAGGAUUUUGACUCUGAGAAGAGGAAGGUUAUAUGCAAGACACUUCGAUUUGUUGCACAUUAUUACGGAGCAUCAUUAAUGUUUACCAGUAAAUCAGAAGCUCUAUUACUAAAAAUACGUGGAGUUAUUAACCAGUUGGCAUUUGGCAUUGACAAAAGCAAAUCAAUAUGUGUGGAUCAGAAUAAACCACUGUUUAUCACAGCAGGAUUGGAUUCUUUAAGUCAAAUAGGAUCUCCUCCUGUUCCUGAUAAUGACAUUGGAAAGCUUCAUGCCCAUUCACCAAUGGAAUUGUGGGAAAAAGUGUAUGAAAAAUUCUUUCCACCAAAGAGUAUCAACACACUAAAAGAUGUCAAGGACCCUGCAAGAGACCCUCAGUAUGCUGAAAGUGAAGUUGAUGAAAUGAGAAUUCAGAAGGAUCAGGAACUGGAACAGUACAAAAGAAGUUCCUCCAAGUCUUGGAAACAAAUUGAGCUUGAUUCCUGAACCUAAUUCAACUAUAGUGUAUUUAUUCUUUUCCAAAUACAAAAUAUCUACUAAACACUGGCAGAAGACCUCAGACUGCUGAAAGGGCAAGAAAAUCUCCAGGUAACCAGGUAGGAAAAAAGAAAAAAAGAAAAUGAGAAAGGAAUCGAGAUGGGACCUGUGCCGCUGGGAGGUGACUAUGAAAGAGGAAAGGUUCCUGCACCCUGGAAAGCCCCCUCACCGGUGGGGAGAUCUGCCAGGACAGAAGGGGAGCUUCAGAGACCCAGAGGAGAACUCAGCAGCCAGUUUGUGGCAGCCAGAGUAGAGGGAAAACUGCACAGAUGGUCAGUGCCACUGCCCUGCACUCACCAGCCUGAGACGCAGGUCCGAUGGUGCAGGUGGGGGCUGGGUGCUGGAACUUGGGCUUCAGAGAUCAGACCCACGGAGAGGACUGGGGUUGGCUGUGCAGAAACAGCCUGGGGGUCUGGAAUCUAGUGUGACUGCAACUGAGGUAUACAGGGAGGAAGCCUGGGCUGCCUUAGAGGCCAGGCGCCAUUGUUUGGGGGUGCACAAGGGAAGGGACAGGACCAAUCAUUGUAGCCUUUUUCCUUGUGUGCACACUCACAGAGGGCAGGACACUAUGUGCACUGGCUCCAGGAGUGGUCGCAAGCUACCGCUGCCUCCUUCACAGACUCUAGGAGCAGUCUUGAGCCACCUCCACUCCCAUCAUGUGCUCUGGGGGGCACGCCUGAACUGCCACUGAGAACCCAGGACCAGGCACCAGCCGCUGCAUCUGCACACCCCCUAUCCUAUCAAGGGGGUAACCACCAGCACACACUGAGGAAAGAGGCAAUAGGCAUCCAAAUUAAAAACAGACCUUGCACCAAAUAUACUAAACCUAUACAAGCUACACAGGGACACCCCCACAUGUAAAUAGCCCUCCAAGACCAUAGUAGAUAAUUGUUUCUCCUAAACUCACAAAGUAAGAGAAAUGUAAGUAAAAUGAAGAAGCAGAGGAACCAUUCCAGUUAAAAGACCAAAAGAAUUCCCCUGAAAGAAUAAUGAAACAGACCUCUUCAGUCUAAUAGACACCAAUUUCAAAAAGGAUAUAACGAAAAUACUGAAGGAAUUAAGAUAGGCUAUCAACAGAAAUGCAGAGUACUGUAAAAAGGAACUAGAAACUAUUAAAAGGAACCAAGAAAAAUUAGAAAACUCAUUUGCAGAGAUGAGAGCUGAGCUAAAGGCAAUGAACAGCAGAAUGAAUAAUGCAGAAGAAUGAAUAAGUGACCUGGAAGACAGAAUAAUGGAAAUCACCCAAUCAGGACAGCAGACAGAAAGCCAAAUAAAAAUUAAAAAAAAAAUGAAAGCAAUAUGAGAGACCUAUAGGAUAAUAUAAAGCAUGUCAAUCCAUGCAUAAUAGGGAUUCCAGAAGAGGAAGAAAGAGAAAAGGGGAUAGAAAAUGUAUUUGAAGAAAUUAUGGCUGAAAACAUCCCAAACCUAAAGAAGGAAACAGAUAUCCAGGUACAAGAAGCACAGAGGGUCCCAAACAAGAUAAACCCAAACAGACCUACACGAAGACAUAUUAUAAAAAAAUGGCAAAAGGUAAAGAUAAGGAGAGGAUUCUAAAGCAAGAGAAAAGUAAAGAGUUAACUACAAGGGAACCCCCAUAAGGCUAUCAGCUGAUUUCUCUACAGAAACAUUGAAUAUAUCUUGCCACUCCCUUCUGGCCUGCAAAGUCCUGAGAGGGGAAAACCUGCACCCUAGGAUGCUCUACCCAGCAAGGUUAUCAUUUAGAAUAGAAGGAGAGAGAAUUUCUCAGACCAGCAAAAACUAAAACAAUACAGCAAUACUAAACCUAACCUAAAGGAAAUAUUGAAAGGUCUUCUCUAAAUAGAAAAGAAGUAAGAAUCUAUAGGAAAGAGAAAAUCACAAUUGCAAAAUAAAUUAAAUAAGCCAGUACACAGAUUAGAAAAAAUCAAAAAAUUUCUGCAAAAGUGGUGAUAACCACAAUGAACAGCAACAGGAUGACCAUGAAGAUGCAGAAGAGGACAUCAGGUCAUAGAGGGUGGGGGUACAGUAAGAAAAUGUAGGGCUUCUUUUCCACCUGGAAUGUGUUUGAGCCUAUAUGUCUACCAGUCUAAGGCAAGUAGAUAUAGGAAGGGGUUAACAUACUUGAAAAACAGGGCAAUCACACAUCAUACAACAGAUUCACAAAAACCAAAAAGAAGAGAACAUAAGUAUAAUACAAAAGACAGUCAUCAAACUACAAAAGGAAAAACAAAAAGGAACAGAGAAGAAAUAUAAAAUCAAUUGAGAAAACAAGGUUUAAAAUGGCAAUAAAUACAUAUCUAUCAAUAAUUACCUUAAAUGUCAAUGGAGUAAAUGCUCCAAUCAAAAGAUAGAGUGGCAGGUUGGAUUAAAAAACAUGAGGCUAGGGCUUCCUAGGUGGCGCAGUGGUCGAGAAUCCUCCUGCCAAUGCAGGGGACACAGGUUCGAUCCCUGCUCCAGGAAGAUCCCACAUGCUGCGGAGCAGCUAAGCCUGUGUGCCACAACUAUUGAGCCUGUGCUUUAGAGCCCGUGAGCCACAACUACUGAGCCCAUGUGCUGCAACUACUGAAGCCCACGCACCUAGAGCCUGUGCUCUUGCAACAAGAGAAGCCACGGCAAUGAGGAGCCUGCGCACCACAACGAAGAGUAGCCCCCACUCACUGCAACUAAAGAAAGCCCACGCACAGCAAAAAGGAGACCCAACACAGCCAAUAAAAUAAAUAAUAAAUUUUUUAAAAAAAUAAAAAACAAAACAAAACAUGAGCCUACAAUAUGCUGCCUACAAGAGACCCACGUUAGGGCAAAGGACACACAUAGGUUGAAAGUGAGGGGAUGGCAAAGAUAUUUCAUGUAAACGGAAAUGACAAAGUGGGGGGUCACAAUAUUCACAUCAGACAAAACAGACUUUAAAACAAAGGUCAUAAAGAAAGAUAAAGAAGGAUGCUGUAUAAUGAUAAAAGGAUCACUACAAGAGGAUUUUACACUCAUCAACAUAUAUGCACCUAAUAUAGGAGCACCCAAAUACAUAAUACAAAUACUAAUAGACAUAAAGGGAGAAAUAGGCAGGAAUACAAUAAUAGUAUGAAACUUUAACACCCCACUCACAUCAAUGGACAGAUCUUCUAGACAGAGAAUACAGCAACAGAGAUCCUAAAUGAUACAAUAGAACAGACAGACUUAAAAUUGAUAUUUUCAGGACACUGCAUCUAAAAAAACCUGAAUACACAUUCUUUUCAAGUGCAUGGAACAUUCUCUAGGAAUGACCACAUAUUAAGGCAUAAGACAAGCCUCAACAAAUUUAAGAGUACAGAAAUUGUCUCAAGCAUCUUUUCUGACCACAACAGCAUAAACCUAGAAAUUAUCCACAGGAAAAGAAAUGAGAAAAAACGAUUACACGGAGAUUAAACAACAUGCUACUAAAAAAACCAAUGGGUCAUCAAUGAACUCAAAGAGGAAAUUAAAAAAAAAAACUUGAGACAAAUGACAAUGAAAACACAGCCAUACAAAGUCUAGGGGAUGCAGCAAAAGCAGUUUUUGGAGGAAAGUUCAGAGCAAUACAGGCCUUCCUGAAAAAAAGAAAAAUCUCAAAUAAAUAACCUAACUUACCACUGAAAAGAAUCUGAAAAAGAACAAACAAAACCUAAAGUCAGCAGAAGGAAGGAAAUCAUAAAGAUCAGAGAUGAAAUAAAAGAUUUAAAAAAAAAAAACCAGUAGGAAAAAAAUCAAUAAAACCAAGAGCUGGUUCUUUGAAAGGAUAAACAAGAUUGACAAACUUCUGGCCAGGCUCACCAAGAAGAAAAGAGAGAAAACCCAAAUAAACAAAAGAUCAACAAGACAUAACAACUGAUACCUCAGAAAUACAAAAAACCAUAAGGGAAUACUAUGAACAAUUAUAUGCCAACAAAUUCAACAACCUAGAAGAAAUGGACAAGUUUCUAGAAACACACAGCCCACCAAAACUGAACCAAGAAGAAAUAAUAUCAACAGACUGAUCACUAGAAGUGAAAUAGAAUCUGUAAUUUAAAAACUCCCUACAAAUGAGUCCAGGAUCAAAUGGCUUCACAGGUGAAUUCUACCAAAUAUACAAAGAAGAACUUGUACUGAUCCUCCUCAAACUCUUCCAAAAAACUGAAAAGGAGCACUCCCAAAUACAUUCUAUGAAGCCACCAUCAUCCUGAUACAAAAACCAGCCAAAGAUACCACCAAAAAAGAAAAUUACAGGGCUUCCCUGGUGGCGCGGUGGUUAAGAAUCUGCCUGCCAGUGCAGGGGACACACGUUUGAUCCCUGGGCCAGGAAGAUCCCAUAUGCCAUGGAGCAACUAAGCCCAUGUGCCACAACUACUGAGCCCACAUGCUGCAACUAUUGAAGCCCAUACGCCUAGAGCCCAUGCUCCACAAGAGAAACCACCACAAUGAGAAGCCCGCACACCACCAAAAUGAAGAGUAGCCCCCACUCACCGCAGCUAGAGAAAGCCCAUGUGCAGCAAUGAAGACCCAAGACAGCCAAAAUAAAUAAAUUUUUAAAAAAAGAAAAGAAAAAGGAAAAUUACAGACCAAUAUCUUUGAUGAAUAUAGAUGCAAAAAAUAUCAACAAAAUAUUAGCAAACCAAAUCCUACAACAUAUGAAAAAAGAUCAUACACCACAACCAAGUGGGAUUCAUCCCAAGUUCACAAGGAUGGUUCAACAUACACAAAUCAAUGUGAUAUACCACAUAAACAAAAGACAAAAACUACAUGAUCAUCUCAACAGAUGCAGAAAAAGCAUUUGACAAAAUUCAACAUCCAUUCAUGAUAAAAAAAAAAAAACUCUUACCAAAGUGAGUAUAGAGGGAACUUACCUCAACAUAAUAAAAACUAUUUAUGACAAACCCACAGUCAAUAUAAUACUCAAUGGUGAAAAGCUGAAAGCCUUCCCACUAAAAUCUGGAACAAGACAAGGAUGUCCACUCUCACCUCUUCUAUUCAACAUAGUAUAGGAAGUCCUAGACCCAGCAAUCAGACAAGAAAAAGAAAUAAAAGGUAUCCAAAUUGGCAGCAAAAAGGUAAAACUGUCAUUUUAUGCAGAUGAUGUGAUACUCUAUGUAUAAAACCCUAAAGACUCCACACAAAAACUACUAGAACAGAUAAAUUCAGCAAGGUAGCAGGAUACAAGAUUAACAUACAGAAAUCGGUUGCAUUUCUUUACACCAACAAUGAAAUACCUAUCAGAAAGGGAACAUAAAAAGAAAAAGAAAAAAACCUUUUAAAGUUGCACCCUGCCCCAAAAUAAAAUGCUUAGGAAUAAACUUGAUCAAGGAGGUAAAAGACUUAUAUGCUGAGAACUAUAAAACAUUAAUAAAAAUUGAAGAUGAUUCAAAGAAAUGGAAAGAUAUCCCCUACUCUUGGAUUGAAAGAAUAGUGUUAAAAUGGCCAUACUACCCAAAGCAAUCUAUAGAUUUAAUGUGAUCCCUAUCAAAUUACCCAUGACAUUUUUCACAGAACUAGACCAAAUAAUCCUAAAAUUCAUAUGGAACCAUAAAAGACCAAGAAUUGCCAAAGCAAUCCUGAAGAAAAAGAACAAAGCAGGAGGCAUAACCCUCCCACACUCCAGACAAUACUACAAAGCUACAGUAACUGAAACAGCAUGGUAUUGGCACAGAAACAGACAUAUGGAUCAAUGGAACAGAAUAUAGAGCCCAGAAAUAAACCCACACCCUUAUGGUCAAUUAAUCUUCAACAAAGGAGGCAAGAAUAUACAAUGGGAUAAAGUCUCUUCAGCAAGUGGUGUUGGGAAAGUUGGACAGCUGCAUGUAAAUCAAUGAAGUUAGAACACACCCUCUCACCAUACACGAAAAUAAAGUCAAAAUGGCUUAAAGACUUAAACAUAAGAUAUGACACCAUAAAACUUGUAGAAGAGAUCACAGGCAAAACAUUCUCUGAUAUAAAUCAUACCAAUGUCUUCUUAGGUCAGUCUCCCACAGCAGUAAAACAAAAAUAAACAAAUGGGACCUAAUCAAACUUACAAGCUUUUGCACAGCAAAGGAAACCAUAAACAAAAUGAAGGGACAACCUAUGGAAUAGGAGAAAAAUCUGCAAACAAUGCAACCAACCCGGGCUUAAUUUCCAAAAUAUACAAACAGCUCAUACAACUCAACAACAACAACAAAAAACAACCCAACUGAAAAGUGGGCAGAAGACCUAAAUAAACAUUUCUCCAAAGAAGACAUAAACAGGUGGCCAACAGGCAAUGAAAAGAUGCUCAACAUUGCUAAUUAUUAGAGAAAUACAAAUCAAAGCUACAAUAAGGUAUCACCUCACACCAGUCAGAAUGACCAUCAUUAAAAAGUCUACAAAUUAUGAAUGCUAGAGAGAGUGUAGAGAAGAGGGAACUGUCCUACACUGUUGGUGGGAAUGUAAGUUGGUGCAGCCACUGUGGAAAACAGUAUGGAGGUUCCACAGAAAACUAAAAAUAAAAUUAUCAUAUGAUCCAGCAAUCCCACUCCUGGGCAUAUAUCCAGACAAAACUAUAAUUCAAAAAGAUACAUGCACCCAUAUGUUCAUAGGAGCACUAUUCACAAUAGCCAAGACAUGGCAACAACCUAAAUGUCCAUCAACAGAUGAAAGGAUAAAGAAGAUGCGGUGCAUACAUACAAUGGACUACUACUCAGCCAUAGAAAAGAACGAAAUAAUGCCAUUUGCAGAGAUUAUCAUAUUAAGUGAAGUUAAGUCAGAAAGAGAAAGACAGAUACCAUAUGAUAUCACCUAUAUGUGGAAUCUAAAAUAUGACACAAAUGAACUUAUCUAUGAAACAGAAACAGAAUCAGGGACAUAGAGAAUAGACUGGUGGUUGCCAAGGGGGCAGAGAGUAGGGGAGGGGUGGAUUGGGAGUUUGGGAUUAGCAGAUGCAAACUAUUAUAUAUGGGAUGGAUAAACAGCAAGGUCCUACUGUAUAGCACAGGGAACUAUAUUCAGUAACCUGUGAUAAACCAUAAUGCAAAAGAAUAUGAAAAAGAAUGUAUAUAUUUGUAUAACUGAGUCACUUUGCUGUACAGCAGUAAUUAACACAACAUUGUAAUUCAACUAUACUUCAAUAAAAAAUAAAUUAAAAAUAAAAUAA